AAUAAACAUAUUUUAAUUAAAAACAUAUGAAAUUACUUUAUUACCCUCGUCCUCACCCUCAUCCUCACCCUCACCCUCCCAAUCCCUCUUCUUCCCCUUCAUUCUUUCUCUUUCUUUCUUUCGGGUUUGGUGGAAACCCAGCCUUGCUGGGCUGGGUUCGGUUGAAACCCAGCAAGGCUGGGUUCGGUGGAAACCCAGCCUUGCUAGGUUUGCGACCAGCCAAGGUUGGGUUCACCGGAACCCAGCCAAGGCUGGGUUCGGUGGAAACCCAGCCUUGCUGGGUUCACGACCAGCCAAGGCUAGGUUCCGUCGAACCCAACUUUGCUAGGAAACUCAAGUUUCCCCGAGAAAAGAGAAGAAAUGGGUGGUUUAAGAUCAAGUUUCCCCGAGAAAAGAGAAGAAAUGGGUGGUUUAAGAUCAAGUUUCCCCGAGAAAAGAGAAGAAAUGGGUGGUUUAAGAUCAUUUUUGUAGAUGGAGUGGAGAUGAGAGAGCAUUCACAGAAGAAGAAGAAAUGGGUUAAGAUCGAUUUUGCAGAUGGAGUGGAGAUGAGAAAGCAUUCAGAGAAUAAGAAGAAAUGGGUUAAGAUCAAUUUUGCAGAGGGUGAAGAUGAGAGACUAGUUUGCAGGCAACUGGGCUCCAUUGGAGGCGUUUGGCGUGAAGAAGAUUGGUGUGAAGAAGAAGAUGACAUGUCAUAAAAAAAAAAAGUCCAAAUAAGUGUCUUUUUAAGUUGUGCUCGCCAUGUCAUAAAAAAAAAUAUAAAAAAUGCCAUGUGGCCGAGUUAACGGCCCAAAUUGAUAGAAGGAUUAACGGAGUGCAUUUUGUAUAGUUGAGGGAUCAAAAAAGUGUAAAAAAUUCCACUUUUCACGUGAUUGCUUAUCUUCUUCCUCCCGACCCCCCCUUGCAUCCCGAAAGCCCCCAAGCUUGCCGACCUCCAUGCUUGAAAAAAAAUUGGAAAAAGGCUUGAAAUUUCUCAUCCUUUCUUGUUCAAUCACAAGACUUAAGACCUAGAAAUCCCUCUAAAGCCAUAAAAUUUUCAGAUCUGCAACUGCUCCCUUCCCCUGUCCGCGAGCUGCUCUUGCCGGUGGAGUGCUUCUCGGUUUUUCUGCCUCUCUCACCGCCAGAACCGGCUUUGCUGCUAGGAAAAUUCUGGUACUUGAUUAUUCUGCACUCUAGCACUUGGGAUUAGUGUUCUGGCACCCGAACACUUGGCUUGAGUUUCCGGUAUUACGUGAUUUGAGGUAGUGAUACCUGACACAUGGGGAGUUGGGGGAGUGAUGAGCUAGACAGCUAGGCAUUAUUUGGACUUAGAUCUUUUGGAGUUAGGCCGCUAGUCUCACAUGGUUGACUUAAAUAACCAUUUUUGUGUAUAGAGUUUUCUUGGUUAUAGCCAUAACUAUCUUAUAAACUGUUGUACAUUUU